CACCCGACACGUUCAGCACGCCGUGUUUGUGUGCGAGCAGAACGGCUUCACUGAGCCGAGCUGAACCGAACCGGGCUGGGGCAGCGGGACCGACGACUCGAGGAAGAAAAAGAAGAAGAAUACGAAGAAGCGUUUAUCAGCGCGUUUGAGAAGAGACCGUUUACAUUCUUUUGAAUCUUGAGGUCUAUUUAAUUCAUUAUUCUUUUAAAUCCUCGAACUGACAGCGUUAUACUUCGAUUCAUUUUCGGUUCGCGCGAGUGUGUAGUUUUUACGCGUUUGCUUGCACGCGAGCGGACCUGUGACACUCGCGACCUGAGGAGCGACCUGUGAGGCAGAGCACCGCAGAGAGAAGGAGGAGAAGACAUGGAGAAACCGAAGGGCUUCUCCCCGGACCGAAACAUCCUCUGCCUCUUUGACGUGGACGGUACUUUGACACCACCGAGAGAGAAAAUAGACCCACAGCUGGAUGAGUUUUUCCAGACUCUGCGGAGGAAGGUGAAGAUCGGCAUCGUGGGAGGCUCGGACUACUCCAAGAUAGCAGAGCAGCUCGGCGAGGGGGAUGAUGUGAUCCACAAGUUUGACUAUGUGUUUGCUGAGAACGGGACAGUGCAGUACAAAGAUGGGAAACUCAUCUCAAAACAUGCCAUUCAGAACCAGAUCGGGGAGGAACUGCUGCAGGACCUCAUCAACUUCUGCCUCAGCUACAUGGGGCUCAUCAAGCUGCCAAAGAAAAGGGGCACGUUCAUUGAGUUCAGGAAUGGCAUGCUCAACAUUUCCCCCAUUGGCCGGAGUUGCACACUGGAGGAGCGAAUUGAAUUCUCUGAAAUUGAUAAGAGAGAGAAGAUCAGGGAGAAAUUUGUUGCUGCCCUGAAGGAGGAGUUUGCUGGAAAGGGACUACGGUUCACCAAAGGUGGUCUCAUCAGCUUUGACGUGUUUCCAGAGGGCUGGGACAAGAGGCUGUGUCUAGACGUGCUGGAGAGGGAAGGCCUGGACUCCAUCUACUUCUUUGGCAACGAGACCUCAGAUGGAGGAAAUGACUAUGAAAUUUUCAACGACCCGCGGACCAUCGGUUUCACAGUCUACUCCCCAAAGGACACGGCCCGGCUCUGUCGGGAGCUUUUCUUUGAUGCUCCACCGCAUGAAUCCUGAUGUCCUGAAUUGCACGCAGUCUUUUUACCCACGAACCCCUCUGAGUCUGCGCCUGAGGGGCUCUGCGGUUUGAAAACGAGCGACAUGAACCCUGGGUGUUACUGAACUGCUAACAGGUGUCAAAAGCUGAUUUGUUUUUCCAUUUUAUUGAUAUGCUUACUUUAAAUUUGAAUGCACAUCAGCAGAGCGAUUUGACUGUAUUAAACCCUGCUGCUUUUUUACAAGAAGGGACAAUAACUGAGAAACUUUUAAGUACUGUGUCAGAAGAGGAAGUUUGACUGUAGCAUGUAGUAUAAAGUUUAAAAAAAAAGGUUAGCGAGAUUGUUAAACAUUCUGCAAUGUUGAAAGUUAAACUCCAGAUUAGUUAGCUAUUGAAUGAGAUUUUGCACUAAUGUUGGUAUCAUUUAAACAAAUCGUUGGUAUUGUCUUAUUGAUCAUUGCUGCAGGAGAUGGUAAGAGUGGGCGAGAGAUGGUGUAACAGGUGAGGUUUCCAUUUUGGAAUUAAGAUAUGAAGCAUGUAAUAAUGAUGAUGAUUUGGGUGUUUCCUUUUCUACAUAUGAGGAUAUAUGAAUCAUUCCAGUUGAUUUGAUAUCAUGUACUGAGCUCUGAACCGGAUGUGAUGUAUUGUUGGUUUACUGUGUGAUCCCGUCGAUGUCAAAUGUGUGAUUUAACCUCACAGAGCUCCUGUGACUCUAGGUUCUUUAAAGGCGCUCAAGUGAAUAUUUAUCAGAUUCACAUUUCAAACUGACCACUACUGAUUCAAUGAAUUCAUCCUAACCAGUGAGUUAAGCUACUGUGACUAAGUCACUCUAUGAAAUUUUAUCAGUCACUAUGACAGCUUUUUAUGUAAAAUAUUUUUACGGGCUGUAUCAUGGCCUGCACGUCAUAAACUGGGUGACUAAAUGUGUUGAUGCUGAUUGCUUGGUUUUCUUGUUUGCUGAUUUUUUGCUGGUUUCAGCCGGGUGUUUGAAAUAACUUUUGAAAAUGUGAUAACUUUGUGCCACUUUAAUUUCCCCGGAACCCUCCUGUCAUGGUUCAGAUACAUAAUACUUACAUAAUUAGUGUAAUUCUGAGGGUUUCGGUAGAUAUGAUACAUCAGCUGCAGCUCCGUGUCUGACUGAAAACACUCCUUUAAACUCAUACAAGGAUCCUGUAGAGAAGAGUUUCAUGCUCAGAAAAUUAGCUUUUAAUGAAUCACUGAUGCUAACUGUGAGAUUGGCCAUGUCGUUCAGCCAUUUACAGAUGAAAAGAAAAAAGUGUUUUGCUUCUAUUCGUUGUAAUAAAACUUUUUGGACAUCAUCUCA